CUUUCCCCAAAUUCACCAUCAAUCACUCUCCACUUGCAGAAUCGAUCGAGUAUGGCUGAAGAAGAAGCUGAUAAAAUUGUUGAUUUUGAUCAUGAAGCAGGAGACGAAGGAUUGCCAUGGCUUCCGAGUUGUGUUUUAAACGAAAGUAUUGAAGUAUGUGGAGAAGACAAUCAUCAUUUUUAUUCCAAGCAACGGAGUUAUAAUAAGCAUAGACAUCAACCUCCGKUUGGUCGGAAGUCACCGGCGACGACUGCCGUGCAACCUCCGUUGCUUCCGUCACCACUGCAUCGGAAGAUUUUUUCGAAGCCGGAUAAAAAACCCAAACAUAUUGCAAAUUGGGCAACCGGAGGACCUGGUAUGCAAGCUGUAUUCCUAGAUUCUGGCCAAAGAUCAUGUGGUACCGGAGUUUUCCUUCCCCGUACGGCAGGAACCGAUUAUGUCGAAAAACCCAGAAAACCAGCAUUUGCACCCGUUCUCCUUCCGUCUCGUGUGGUACAAGCUUUGAACCUCAACGUGCAUGGAUUAGGCUUGCAAAUCAAGCCACGAGAUCAUAACAAUAAUAUAAAGGGGAUAGAAUGCCAUCGAGUUAGAAAUAAUAAGAAGACCAAAGAUUCAUCGAACCAAAUAUGUGUCAUCUCUCAAAACCGAAGUUCUUCACCGGAAAUAUUUCUCCCCAAGGAAUGGACCUACUAAAACCACAUUGGCUAUAUCAUUACCRUCCCCAAUUCAUAAAAUCCCAUUGGAUUGUAUACCUAAUGCUCUCGAUCGAUUAAUAUUCGAUUGUGUAUUUGAAUCGAAUAAGAGUACGUACCAUUUAUAUUUCCCCAUAAAUUUGGUACCGAAUAAUCAAGUUCUAGUUUGUGACCGAGCUCGUCUUCUAACAUCCCCUAUCCUGAUCGGCUCGUUGUAUUGUAAGUUAUUUGUAACGGGCUAUUGGUUCAAUUAAAAUCA